AUGAGGCCAGGCUGCAAAACUAGAAUAGUUGAGCAACGAAUAAGCAAAUUGCACAUCCAUACAGAUUGGGCGUAUAUCGAGAAGCCCUCGACCUUUCCUCCCAUCUGCGGCUUUCCAAGCAUCAGGACUUUCGUCGAAUACAGGUACAAAGCUCUCUUCAGUGGGUCCGUUUAUUCGCCUUCUGUCCAUAGCUUGAUGAGCGUGAAGUCUGAGUGUGGUUGUCACAUGAAGCUUUCUUUCUCUCUCGCCAAACCAAACAAGGGCAGCACAGCACCCGAGGCAGCUGGCCCGUCCUCCCUCAAGCGACCAGCCGCCUUUGCCUUUGGCGACGAUGAGGCAGUCGAUGCCGCCCCAACGUCGUCGGCUUCGCUAAACAAGAACGCGGCAGCAAACAAGAAAUUGCUUGCCCAGAAUGUGCAUGUCUCGCGAACAACUCAGAAACGAAUGGAGGCCGAGAAGAAAGUAGACUCCACCGUCUAUGAAUAUGACGAGGUCUGGGACAAGAUGCAGGAGGCAAAAGUCCGGCAGAAGGAGGCAAAGGAGCUUGCGGCGCAAGACAGAAAGCCCAAAUACAUCCAUGGCCUGUUGAACUCUGCACAAACCCGACGUUUGGACUAUUUACGAGCGGAGGAGAAACUGAUGCAGCGGGAGAGAGAGGCUGAGGGGGACGAAUUCGUCGACAAGGAGCAGUUCGUCACCCAAGCUUACAAGGACCAAAUGGCCAAAGUGCGUGAAGCGGAAGAAGAGGAGAAACGACGCGACGAAUUACUCAAGAAGCAACGCGGCACAUCGUCGGGAAUGGCCCAUUUCUAUAGACAACUGCUGGAUGAGUCGGAGCAGAAGCACGAAGCCACUGUGGCUGCCACGCAAAAGCCGGUUAUCGGGCCUACACCGAACUUGACAAUAACCAAACCGCCCGACUACACUCCGGUUUCUGACCUUGAGCGAGCCAAGAAGGCCCGUGCUGAAGGUAAAGACGUGGAACUCAACGACGACAACCAAAUCGUUGACAAACGCGAUCUUCUUGUGGCUGGUCUGAAUCUUUCUGCUCCAAACACCAGGACCCUGCAACGAACCAAGAAACCAACGGAAAACAAUACAGAAAAUGUUCAGGCUCAUCGAGCAGUCGGUACUGCAGCCAGUCGCCGAGAGAUCAAUGAGAGAAGGGCACGCGAGAUCGAACAACAAAUGGCCAGCGAAGACGAGAGGUUGAAAGCUGAGAAGGCCAGAGAGGAGGAAGAGCGGACACAACGCGUGGUUACUCGCCGAAAUGACGCUGGAGCUGUCGAAAGUGCACGUGAGCGGUAUUUACAACGGAAACGCUUGCGAGUAGAAGCAGCAGAAGAGGCACAGCCAGAUUAG